AUGGCAAACAAAACCGGCGUUAACGGGAAAGUCACCGAUGGCGCGGAGCCCAAAUCCCGUGCCCAAAAGAGGCGCGAGGAGAAAGAAGACAGCCGGGCCGAGUCCGCCGCCAAGAAAGCCGAGGCCCGCCGCCUGGCCGAGGUGGAGGCGGCGGCGGAGGCGUACGGCCGGCGGAAGAAGAAGGCGGUGACGAGGGCGGAGAUGGAGUUGCGCAAAGAGGAGGAGGUGGCGGAGUUGAGGAGGCGGGUGGAGGAGAAGAGGAGGAAGGAGGCCAGCCGCAGUGCCGACGAGAGGGAAUACCGGAGUAUGGUUUGUGGGCCCAACACGAAUCGGGCUGGGCUUGACGUGGAUGCAAGGACGGUGGAGGAGGCUAUCGGGCAGCUGACGAUGGAGGAGGACGGCCGCGGUCGGUUGCCGAUGGAUAGGCAUCCGGAGAGGAGGAUUAAGGCCUUGUUUAAGGUUUUUGAAGACACACAUAUAAAAAGGCUGAAGGAAGAGAAACCGGGCCUCACCCUCUCACAAUACAAAGACGCGAUUUUGAAGUUGUGGAAAAAAUCUUCAGACAACCCCAUAAAUGCGACUUAUAUCAAAAUCGCUUAA